AUGAAGAUAUCAGGCGGGUGGCAGGCAGUUUCCUGCGCUGCGGCAUUGCUGCUAUCAGGCGCUGCAGCCGCAAGCUACGACACCAUUCCGGACAUUGAGGUCUACGGCCAGCACUUCUUCUACACCAACAAUGGCUCUCAAUUCCUCCUCCGCGGCGUAGCUUACCAGCAGAACUACUCGCCGAAUGGCACAGCGGACACGAACACAACGUACGCCGAUCCUCUCGCUGACAGCGACGGCUGCAAGCGCGAUAUACCGCUUCUCCAGGAGAUCCAGACCAACGUCCUCCGCGUGUACGCCAUUGACCCCUCGAAGAACCACGAUGACUGCAUGGAGCAACUGGCCGCCGCCGGCAUCUACGUUAUUGCCGAUCUCGGGGAGCCGAGCGUCUCCAUCCAGUCCGACGAUCCGAGCUGGGACGUGACUUUGUAUCAACGGUACACCAGUGUGAUAGAUGCUCUGUCAAAGUACAAGAACGUCAUUGGAUUCUUCGCGGGCAACGAGAAUGUCAGCUCGGGCAAUCAGACUGCUGCUGCGGCCUUUGUCAAGGCUGCGGUCCGCGACUGCAAGGGCUACAUUGCAGCCCAAAAUUACCGUAAUACGCUCGGUGUAGGCUAUGCGACCGCCGACGUACCCACACGCAAUGACCUCGCCGCCUACUUUGCCUGCGAACCCGGAAAUAGCGGCAACUCAACUGCAAUUGACUUCUGGGGCUACAAUGUCUACUCUUGGUGUGGCGACAGCAACUACCAGGAAUCUUCCUACGGCGAGCGCGUUGACUUCUUCUCCAGCUACCCCGUGCCCGUCUUCUUCGCAGAAUAUGGAUGCAUCAAGUUUGACGGUCAGGCCACCGAACGCCCCUUCACCGAGGUUCAAGUCCUCUAUGGCAACAUGACUGAAGUCUUCUCCGGAGGCAUAGUCUACGAAUGGUUCAUGAGCGAGAACGAGUACGGUCUCGUUCAGCUCCAAGACAACGGAGCCAGUGCUUCGCCUUACCCUGACUUUACCUCUCUACGCGACCAGCUGGCCUCUGUCACCCCGUCACUCACCGCGAAGAGCAACUACAACCCGACCAACACCGCUCCCGCUUGCCCCUCCGACUCCACCUGGGAAGCAGUAGCAAGCCCGCUGCCACCCCCAGUGAAUCCCCAGCUCUGCACUUGCAUGGCCGCCAGCCUGCAGUGCAACAUCGAGUCGACCGACGAAGAGAAGUAUGGCGACGUCUUCAACUACAUCUGCGGAGCCGACGACAGCUUCUGCGAUGGCAUCGCGCACAAUGCCACUACGGGCGACUACGGUGGUGUCGGUGGCUGCGAUCCCAAGGAGCAACUGGCGUGGGUCGCUAAUCAGUACUACCUCGGAAACAACAGGCAGGCCAGCGCCUGCGAUUUCAGCGGCUUGGCUACCACGCAGUCGGCCACCACGUCGUCCGGCUGCCAGUCACUCCUUGAAGCGCUCGGUACGGCGGGUACGGGCACGGUGGCGAGCCCGACCGGUAGGGGAACGGCUGGAGCCUCGUCUUCAUCGAAGGGCGCCGCAGGUAGUAUCAAUGCGCCCGGAUUUGUCGACUAUGGAGGCAAGCUUUUGAUGGGAUACGCGACUCUUGCUGUCAUCUCGAUGACCGGCAUGCUUGCGCUAUGA